CGUCAAACAUUGGUUAAAUCCGAUCGAUAAGCCCAAAAGCAGGCAAAACAUUUAUAAAACAUUAACCAGGUUUCGUUAGAAAUUUGAUAAAUAUGAACAAAUUAUACAAACUUACUUCAUUUACAAAACCAAGACGAUAUAUUUAUCCAAAUUCUAUACGAUCUUUAGCUAACAAUACAGAAGAUGUUGUUACUCAUACCGGGCAGAAAUGGGAGUCUAAUGAUUACAGACUAGUCAGAUUUACAAAUGCCCCAAAACAAGUGAAUCCCAACUGGGCUAUAAACUUGAUUGCAGAGGUGCCUCCAACACAAGUUACUGAAAGAGUAGUGUGGUGUGAUGGGGGCAGUGGUCCUGAAGGACAUCCCAGAGUGUAUAUUAAUUUGGAUAAACCAGGCGUUCAGUCAUGUGGAUAUUGUGGAUUGAGAUUCGAGAAAAAAGAUCACCAUUAACUCUAUUGAUUAAAGAUUUAACUAUUCGUAGUAGAUUUUAUUUCUCCUGUCUUUGAAAGUGCAUAAAUAUAGUACACAUGUAAAGUUCUAUUAUGUGUUGCAAAAUCUGAUUAAUAAAAGCACCGAAAUUUAAAUAACACUUUUUAUUUUUGUCAUCCAAGAAUUAAUUACUGAAAAUAACAAUGUAUAAUUAAUAAAAUAUAUACAGCAAGAACCUGGUAAAAAAAUAAAAUUUUGCCAAUGCAUUUUAUAAAAAAUACAGGUAUUAAAGCGCACUUAACAUAGGUACCUUUAUUUUACCCGGCUGUUGUGGUCACAGAACGAGCAUUCGUGGCGACGUCGCUGAAUAAAGGUAUGUUACAGGCACGUUUAAUACCCGUUUUAUUUAUAAAUAGUAUAGUGCAACAAGAAAGUUUUAAAUCAGUUAAAAAUUAAUACAAUAUUACAUAAUAUGUUCUUUAAUUACAUUGUACAAAAUUUGAUCUUCUGUAAUAGAAAAAAUAUUAGUAGAUAUAUAAGUAUUAUAUAUUAUAUGACACGAUACAACUAAAUAAUAUACUAAAUUAAUAAACUAAACUUAGUAAGUUGUUUGUUUCAUCAUCUGUUUAUAUUCACUUCUUAAUCAUAAGCUUUGACUAAAUCUAUUCCUCCAGUUCUGACUUUUAACUAUUCAUAGGUUCAUCUCAAAACUUUCUUUACAGUAAAUUUCGCAAAUGGUAUUUCAAAAUGGUAAAUUAAUUUUUGCCCUUUGAUUUUAAAUUUUCAUUUCUUAACUCAUUUCGAAUCUCAAUAUUGGACUGCAAUAAUUCUUUUAAUUUUUCAUUAAUAUCAUCAGU